CGCAUGCAUUUAAUGACUUAAAAGCGUGUCCCCCUUUUUAUUUUUUGUUUGUAGACGAUUUAUUUUCAACUCUUUUUUUUUUUUCAUUCGUGUACAAAGACAUUCUUCAUAGCUCUUGGUAGAAAUGUUAGUACGUGAUUAUGGCAUUGAUUUGAAAUUAAGUAAUAAAUUGAUGUGAUAUAAUCCUUAAAGUCUUAAAAGAUUAAAUUAAGAUUAGUAUAUCACAGAGUUUUCUUAACUAAACAACGCCUUCUGUGUGACUGAAACCUGACUUCCCAAACAUCAGAUACUGACGAAUGAACAAGGACAUAAGCUGAUUCUGGGAAAAACAUGAACGUGCAGCGGUCAGCUUCAGGGGGGUUGUCAGCAGCAAUUUCUAACUGCGACGUUGUAAAACAAGGUUAUCUUUUUGUUAAGAGACCUCCACGUAAAAGUUGGGACAAGUUCAAGGCUUGGCACAAGCGCUACUUUAUCUUACGAGAUGAGAUUCAUGAUCGAGGACCUGUUUUGGAAAUGUGGAAUUCCCUUGAAGAAGCUGCAAAGCCCUCGUGUGGAGCCCAUGAGCCUCACUUGGUCUUAGAUCUAACACAAGCUGUUCAUGUAGGGUUCACUGCUGACUCUCGAAGAUUUCCUUAUGGUUUAGUCCUGGUAUGUCAAGGGAAAAUGCCCUUGCUAAUGGCUGCAGAGGAUGAGUUGAGUGCCCGGUCAUGGCUGCUGGCCCUCGGAUUAAUUGCUCACAAAGGAUCAGAAAAUGCUUGGAGGAACAGCUCACGCCAAGCAAGCGGAGAUGAUACCUGCAGUGGUGGCAGUAAUUCAAGCCAAGGUAUUCUAGUACAAGAGUUUCUUGACCCUCUAGAUACAAUGGAUGGCUGUCUUCUACCUCUGGAGUAUAUGGACAGUACUCUAGAAGCUGCUUUUGCAAGAGAAAGAUUUAGCGUCGUGAUACACCACACAGAAGCUUCAGAGAGGGCGGGAUUAAAAGGUGAAUAUCAUCUGGUCAUCUUGGGUCACAGCGUUGGACUUGCCAAGACUGGACAAACUGACUGCUUCCUUUUAUGGCCCAUAGCUUAUGUGCGGCAAUAUAAACAUGAAACACUGGCCACCACAGCAAAGUCCAGAACCACACUCGUCACUCUUGAAGUUGGCAGGUAAUAUUCUCCUAAAAUGAUUCGUUUAGUUUAUAAAUUAAAUUUCCUUAUCGUCAGUCUUCUCAAAAGUCAAUCCUACUUUGUGUUUGUUGUUGUUGUUGUUUUGUAUAUUCGUUUGUUAAAUAUAUUAUUCAUCUAAACCUCUUUAGUAUAGAUUUUCAGGAAACUUAAUAAUGUUUUUCUCUUUUUUUUUUGAAUAAAUUAUUAAAUUUGUGCCUACUGUUUUUAGUUAUGGGAUAGCUACACACAAAACUUUUUUUUUCGUUAUCUCGAAAGUCACAAGUCAAAAUAUUUUUUAUUAAAGACACCAAGCUAACAAAUUGAUAGAGUACUUAGGUAAGAAUUAGUCCUAGAGAGUUGGUGUUUUGAAAUAGGCCAGUUCGGUAUCUCAGGAGUAUGAAACGUGUGUAAAGCGUUCUGGGACGUUAUCAGGAUAAACAAAUGCUCAGUUUGAGAGAGGGUACUAGUAUAUGGAGAAGACGAGAGAAAGCUAAGCUCUCGAAAUAUUGUUCUUGUUUCUUCAAUUAUAACCGAAUUAAUAUUAUUCCAAA